GUUAUUAUUGGAUAAAUUUCAUGUUGUUUACUGCAAGCAAUAUCAACUAUACAGACAACUAGUACCCAAGCUCGUUCUCAAAUCUAUCGCAUGCAUACUUGGGAAUCAUCACAUACUGUAAAAUUAUAUAAGGAAAGUGGCAAAAAAAAUUAUGCUUCAUGUUGCUCAGUCACGUAUAUCUUAUGCGUUUUACUCUUCGUCGCAUGUCCGCUGCUGUCCGCCGUCCGUUAUCCUGUGCGAAAUGAAAUACUUUGAGCGGACCGAAUUGUCUUCUUCUCGACGACCUGUGUUACUACCCAACGAAUCACUUAUUAUACAGCAAGGCAAUGUUGGUCUAUAUGAGCGCAAGAACAAGAUUGAUGAUUACCAGGACGGCGUGUGUUACUUGACAUCACAUCGCAUCAUUUACGUGGACAAUGCGCGACCUGCUGAAAAAGCUGUUGAACUGUCACUUGGAGAUAUCAAAGAAGCUGACAGCUAUGGCGGUUUCCUACGAGCAUCCCCCAAAAUCAUUUUACACUUGGAGAAAAAAACGGUAUCUAGUCCUUCUCGAAGAAGCAUGCCUCAAAUGACUCUGCCGACGUGGGUAUGUCCUAUCUGUUCCUUCGCGAACGCAGGCACGCUCGAAAAAUGUCAAUUGUGCGGAGUCAAGCGAGCUGAAGAAGCUAUUACUCCUACUACACCUACCAUGCCAACACCACCUACUGAUCCACCUCCAUCAUCGAACAAUGGUGAUGUAUCUUGUCGAGCAUGCACGUUUAUCAAUCAUCCAAGCAUGAUGCAGUGUGAGAUGUGUGGUACGGAUUUGGCGACUGUCCCUCUACCUUCACCGACGGUAUCCACACCUUCCAGUAUAUCUGAAUCCGUGGCGACGGUACAGCUCGAGGAUAAUGCACAUGUUCGUCUCGCUUUUCGUCAUGGAGGUCAAUCAGGUUUUCUUGGCAAGCUCAAGAGUGCACUUGAAGCGAAAGCGUGGGAUAAGCCGAUAGAGUCACCCGUUGAACGGACAUCCAUAUCUAAAUCUCGCGGUGCUGGCAUCAGUGCUAUCCAGGAUAGAAUUGAAAAAAAUACAGCUGAAGCAAGCGAGACAAUGACGGAUGCCUUCCAAGACCUGGAUCGACUGAUGGGAAAAGCAACAGAAAUGGUCAAACUAGCAGAAUCCAUUUCACAAAAAAUGAACAGAGAUACCAAUAAUACGGAAGGCGAUCUAUCGACGCUACGUACAUACCUUUUAGAACUGGGUAUAUCUGAUCCAGUAACUCGUGGUUCGGCUGGUUCUAUCUAUCACCAAGAACUUGCACGAGAACUGGGAGAGUUUUUGAGCAAAAUCUUUAACGAACAGGAUAGCAUGAAAUCACUCACGGAUUUAUAUUGUAUUUUUAAUCGAGCGCGCGGUGUCGCACUUAUAUCUCCCGAGGAUAUAUACAAAGCAGCCCAGCAAUUUGAAGAACUGAAGCUGCCGUUCCGGCUACGGAAAUUUCCGAGUGGUUUACUCGUAGUACAAACCCAAUACAUGGAUGACGACAGGGCAGCCAGGCGUAUCCUACAGCACGUCAAACAACAAGGCGGUCACAUCACAGCAUUGCGACUGGCAGAAAUGGAAAACUUUGCUCUGGCCUUGGCAACAGAGCAGCUCCUGAUAACUGAACAAAAAGGUCUCAUAUGUCGAGACGAAAGCCCCACUGGUUUAACGUUUUAUGAAAAUGUGUUUUUAUUAUAAAAGAAUUGUUUGAUAGCAAUAAAGAGUCGACUUGUAAGCAUAACGGACCUAUGUAGU